CAAAAACGCAGAACGUCAUUUGACGUAUUGCGGAAGUAAAAUAAACCAACAUGGACAAGAGCGAGAAAGGGAAUCUGGAUCAGGUGAAGCACGUGGUUCUGGUUCUGUCUGGUAAAGGUGGAGUAGGGAAAAGCACCAUCACCACUGAACUCGCCUUGGCGCUCAGACAUGCGGGAAAGAAGGUGGGUAUCCUGGAUGUGGAUCUGUGCGGGCCCAGUAUCCCGCGGAUGCUGAGUGUGGGGAAGCCGGAGGUGCAUCAGUGUGAUGCGGGGUGGGUGCCCGUGUAUGCAGACCCCCAGCAGCAGCUCGCGCUCAUGUCCAUCGGCUUCCUCAUGGAGGAUUCGGACGAGGCCGUCGUGUGGAGGGGGCCCAAAAAAACAGCUCUGAUUGGGCAGUUUGUCAGUGAUGUGGCGUGGGGCGAACUAGACGUUCUGCUGGUGGACACGCCACCGGGGACAUCAGACGAACACCUGGCCGUGCUCGAGAACCUGCGCAAACACAGAGUGGACGGAGCCGUGCUGGUCACUACACCACAGGCAGUGUCUACAGGAGACGUGAGGCGCGAGAUCACCUUCUGUAAGAAGACCGGCGUGAAGAUCCUGGGCAUCGUGGAGAACAUGAGCGGCUUUGUGUGUCCACACUGUUCUGAGUGCAGUAACAUUUUCUCUAAAGGUGGAGGCGAGGAAUUAGCCAAGCUCACCGGAUCUGUGUUUCUAGGCUCAGUACCGCUGGAUCCGCUCCUGACAGCGAGGUUAGAUGAGGGGCGGGACUUCCUGCAGGCGUUUCCGGAGAGCAGCACAUACACAGCCAUCAGUCAUAUAACAAACACUCUCCUCAGCAGCCUGGACGCCUGCAACGGCACAGACUGAACACGAUCCAUACAUGAGAGACUGAGAUGACGCUUCGCAUUCCUGCUUCAUGUGAUAUCAUUUAUUAUGAGAGGAUUUAUCUGUAAAAUCUGUUUGAAAUCUAUAGAAUAUCAGAUAUGUUAUUGAUUAUACAAUGUGUCGUAACUUUAAAUAAAAAAUACUAAAUAUUAAAGAAA